AUGGCGACUGUACUCUCACAACCGGCCGCGAGCCACCCAAAUGGCUUCAAGUCAAUAUCAGUAGAGACUGUCGAAGUUGCGGAUGUCGAUUCCAUCCCGGAGCUGGAGUUGGAGCAGCAAGAACCCAGGACUAUCGAUGAAUUGAUACGACUGCGAGCAAGGCAACCUGGUCACGAUGAGCCAAUUAUCUGCUACCCUGAUGAGGGGACAAACUACAUCGAAUACACGCCCAAGGAUCUCGACCGACUUGUCGAUCAGGCUGCCUGUGUCUAUGCCGAAGUUAUUCCGCAGCGAGUACACUCGGAUCAGCCUGUUCAAGUGGUCGGAAUGCUUGGAGACUCUGACUUGAGCUAUCUGAUCUCACUGCUUGCUAUAUCUCGACUUGGCCACACUGCACUGUUGCUUUCUACAAGGAUCACCGACGAGGCUUACGAGUCGCUUUUGUCGAGCACCAAGGCAACGGCACUGCUUUACCAAUCAUCAUUCUCCUCAGCUGCGUCAACAGUUGCUGCAACGAUCCCUGGCCUUCGGACAGCACAGAUUUCCGACAGCAAGGACUUGGGCAAAAGAACAGCAAGACUUGCUUCUGCAGCACUAAAUCCACUGCGAGAAACGAAGAAUGGAUCAUUCAUCAUCCACUCCAGCGGUUCAACGGGCUUGCCAAAACCAAUCUAUCAAACCCACAGAGCCUCUCUUUACACAUACUCCCAGCACUUCGGACUAGUGGGUCAUCUUACUCUACCUCUGUACCACAACCAUGGCAUCUGCUGCACAUUCAGAGCAAUUCAUUCGCGGAGGAAGAUCUACCUCUACAACGCCAAGCUACCUCUGGCCUCCCAGCAUCUGUUGAACACUCUGAAUGAACACCCGGAGAUCAAAAUCUUAUACGGCGUUCCAUACGCACUCAAGCUUCUAGCAGAGACUGAUGAGGGCAUAAACCUUUUGAGCCGGCUCGACAUUGUCAUGUUCGGUGGCUCAGCCUGCCCAAAGCCGAUCGGAGACAGCUUGGUCGAAAACGGCGUAAACCUGGUCGGUCACUAUGGCGCAACGGAGGUUGGUCAGCUUAUGACUUCUUUCCGGGACUUCAAGAGCGACAAGUUGUGGGAUUGGUUGCGAGUGCCAGACAGGCUUUUGCCUUUCCUCAGCAUGGAGCCACGAGGACCCAACUUGUUUGAAUUAUGUGUGAACGACGGUUGGGGAUCGAAGGUCGCAACUAAUCGCGACGAUGGCUCUUACGCUACAAAAGACCUUUUCGAGCCGCAUCCGACCAAGCCGAACACGUGGAGGUACUAUGCUCGCGUGGAUGACACGAUUGUGUUGGAAAAUGGAGAAAAAGCUAAUCCACUGCUUGUUGAAGGCGUGCUUCGACAAAACCGGAACGUCUCAGAAGCAGUCGUCUUUGGUGCCGGCAAGCCUCGUCUUGGAGCUUUUGUCAUUCCCAAGCCAGAAACUGAAAUGGACAGCAAAGCCAUCAUAGAUUCAGUCAUGCCGGCGAUUGAGCAAAUGAACAAGGAAAUUCCCGCAUAUUCGCAGCUGUCCAGGGACAUGAUCAAGACCUUGCCACCUGACACGGACUAUCGAAGAACAGACAAAGGUACUGUCAUUCGGGCGGCAUUCUACCGAGACUUCGGCAAACAGAUCGAUGCGAGCUAUGUCGAUGAAAAAGGAGGCUCCCUCCGGCUGUCGAAAGGCGAACUGACCACUUUCCUGCGCAACGAAUUUGCCAGUAGGCUUGCCGCCAAAGGCGACAUAGAUUUCGACGACAAUACGGACUUGUUCAGCCUGGGCGUUGACUCCUUGCAAGCCAUUCAAAUUCGAAGCGCGAUACUCAAGAACAUCGAUCUUGGUGGCAAGGAGCUGGGCCGCAACUUCGUGUUCGACUUCCCGACUCUCGACCUUAUGGCAAACGAGAUACUGCGACGUCAGACCAGCCAGCCUCAGAAGACGAAAGUGAGUGUGGAAGAUCGAAUGGCAGCUCUGGUCGAGAAGUACAGCGACUUUGAUCGACAUGAGCGCAUCGAUCGGGAAGUCGAUGGCGACUACGUUGUGGUGACUGGUGCAACGGGUUCUCUUGGUGCUCAUGUUGUGGCACGACUCGUAUCACAAGAGCACGUCCGAAAGAUUUACUGCCUUGUCCGCGCUCCGUCAGCCUCAUCGGCGAUUGCCAGAGUCGAAGAAUCGUUGCGAGCUCGUCGAGUUUACAACCAACUCAGCCUGGAAGCACUUCAAAAGAUUGUUGCGAUUCCCUCCGACUUCUCUAAGAGUUUGCUUGGACUUGACUGGAGAUUGUACGAUGAGAUCGCCCAGAACUUAACACAUGUGCUUCACCUCGCCUGGUCUGUCAACUUCAACAAAAAUCUCGAAAGUUUCGAGACAGAUUGCAUUGCAGGAGCCAGGAAUCUGAUAAACCUUUGCCUCAAAGCGAAACGCCCCCAACCAGCCUCGUUCAACUUCUGCUCAUCCGUCAGUGCUACUGUCCGGACACCAGGAGGCAUCGUUCCAGAAGCACUGCCCGAGUCUUUUGCAUAUGCACAAGGCAUGGGUUAUGCUCAAUCAAAACUCGUAACAGAGUACCUCUGCGAUCGGGCCUGCCGAAAACGAGGCAUCAACGCUCGUGUCCUUCGCGUCGGUCAAGUCAUUGGCGAUACUAUGAACGGCGUCUGGAACGCCACUGAGGCCAUCCCUAUGAUCUUCCAAACAGCAAAGACCGUUGGCGCUUUACCCAGACUCGACGAAAAGCCUUCGUGGCUUCCAGUCGAUGUCGUCGCUCAGACCUUCAUCGACAUCGGAUGUUCGAACACAGAGCAGCGCUUCUUCAACCUCGUGAAUCACAACUCCUUCCACUGGACCCAAGACCUGUUGCCCCUGCUCAAGCAAGCUGGUGUACAGUUCGAAGAAGUCGAGCAGAGGGAGUGGAUCAGGCGGCUGAGGGCUUCCAAUCCAGACCCGAUGGCGAAUCCUCCCAUUAAGCUGGUCGACUUCUUUGCGAGCAAGUACGAUACUGACGAGGCGCGGCCUUCGUUAAAUCACGAGACUACGGUUGCGAAGAAGGCAUCGGAAGCGUUGAAGCAUGUAAGUGUCAUUGACGCAGAGCUUGUUGGCAAGAUUGUGCGGUACUUGAGAGAGGUCGGGAGUUUGUGA